UAGGACGACAAACACGCCUUUAAACCCUAGCUGCAGCUCGCCUCUCGUCUCCCUCGUUUCCUUUCCCCGGAACUCCUCGAUCGGGCGCUCGAUUCCUGUCUCGCCUCGCGCCGAUCUCACCUGUUGUUCAGACAUGACUGCUUGCAAGCAGAUCACAUCCAUGGAUGUUGAUGCCACGGACGAGGCCGACAGCAAGUCGGCAGCAAAGAGCGAUGGAGCGGAGGAGCGGAAGCCCUCGACCAAGUGCAAGAAGGGGAAGAAGGCCAAGGGCAAGUUGGCGGUGAAGAGCGAUGGAGCGGUGAAGCCGAAGACACACGACCUGCGCACCUACCAGAACAUGUUCUGGAUAAAGUACUUCAAAGGCGUCUGUGACAAGCCGUCCGUAGAUGCUAUUAGAAAGCAAGCUGCUGAAAACUGGAAAUUCUUUAACGAUUCGGACAAGGCCCCUUAUGUAGCCAAGGCCCGUGAGGUCAAAAUAGGCAUGGCUCGGAUUGCUGAGUUCAAGAAGAAACUUUUGUUGACGGAGGUAAUGACAAACAAGAUGAUGAAUCUGAAAAUGUGAACACAGAAGAUCUCUAAGAAAUGACUUGGUAGAUGGCACAAUUACCGCAAGCAACUCCUCAACCUGAUUCUGUCUGGGCCGGCACUUGGAGGGUUGAGAUGCAGGUGCAGUUGAAGCUGCCAUAUGGACAAUACUAGUACUCCCUCCGUCCCAAAAUAGUACAAAGUUGACACUUAUUUUGGGAUGGAGGGAGUAUUAAAUAUGUUUGUGCUCAUGCCUUUAGAUGUUUAACUAUUUGUAAUGUUUGAUUAGUAAGUACUACCACUAUCAAAAUGUAAGACGCCUUUUGGUUUUGCAUAGGGGAUGAGGGAGUAAUUUUUAACGUCUGUUAACUUAUUUCACUAUUAGAAACCCUAUGAUGACAUUGUGAGUACCAAGUGGUCAUCUUGGUACGCUAUCAACAAAAUU